GGCCCGGCGGCGGGGCGGGGCGGCCGACGGGCGGCGCUCGGGCGCGGGCGGCCGCGGCGGCCGGCGCAGUCUCGCCUGUGGCGGCCGAGGGGCAGCAGUGUCGGUGGCGCGCGCUGCACCAUGCUCGUGGAUCCGGAGGUGUCGCCGUGCGCCGGCUCCCUGGCCGAGUCGGCGGACACUGAUGUGGCCGGCACGCUGGCAGAAGAGCCGGCCAACGGACGACUUCAGUUCGACGUGAGCUCCAGCUGCGACAGCGUGUGGCAGGACCCGGCGAUGCGCCACAUGUGCGCCCACCCCGAGUACCUGGCCGUCUUCGCGCGCACGCAAAACUUCAUCAUGCGCGGCGACGGUCCUCUGCCGUUCGACAUACGGCACUACAUCGCCAUCAUGGCGGCGGAGCUGCACCAGUGCCAGGCGCUGAUGGAGCAGCUGCAGGACGAGUUCCUGGCCAGCGGCGGAGAGCCACGCUGGCUCGAGGGCCUCCACCUGGCGCCCAAGAAGCUCCAGGACCUGAGCGAGGUGAACAAGACGCUGGCUCACCGGCCCUGGCUCCUCAGCAAGGCACACAUCGAGCGGCUGGUGCGAGGCCGCGACAACUGGAGCCUGGGCGAGCUGCUGCAGGCGCUGACCAUCCUGGCGCACUACCACGCCGCCUCGUCGUUUGUACACGGCUGCCGCGUGGUCACAGAGCCAUGCGCGGACGCCGCCGCCGGCAAAAAGUCCGGCUCUUCCACACCCGGCUCCGGCGUCGCCAAAGAGAACGGCAAGAUCUCGUCCUCUCCGCCGCGCGGUGUGCCCGUCGACGAGCUGAUGCACAAGAUCAAGUCGCUGCGCCAGCAGGCGGGCCCUACCGGCUCGGCGCCGGCGGACUCGGAGCGGCCCACCGGUCACGAGCGGGUGGACGGCGAGCCGGCCCCGACCGAGGUCGGCGCCGGCCGCCGGCUGGCCGACACAGACGACUCCCAUGUGGGCGGCGACUCGGACUGGGAGGAGCCGUUGCGGCGCACCGACGGCGGGGCCACCUUCCGCGUCCAGGACUACAACUGGGAGGACCACGGGUUCUCGCUGGUGAACCGGCUCUACUCGGACGUGGGAUACCUGCUGGACGACAAGUUCCGCAAGGCCUACCACCUCACCUACCAGACGAUGGGCUCGUUCCGCGCCGUGGACACGCGGCCCUUCCGGCGGGCUAUCUGGAGAUAUAUCCAGUGCCUGUACGGCAUCAGACACGACGACUACGACUACAAAAUGGUGUCUGAGCUGCUGGACCGGCGGCUGAAGGAGCUCAUCAAAACGACGUGUGUGUCACCGGAGCUGCUUGAUUCCACCACCCCGCUCAGUAGGGUGAUGGCCGGAUUCCAGCGCUCAGAAAAGAUUCACGUCGUGAUCCUGUGUUUGGAGGCGAGGCUGCAGUCGGAGCUGCUGUACGCGCUGAGGGCAGUGAUGCGCUACACGACGUGAUGGCCGGCCGCCGCCCAGCCAGGGCGCGCCGCCGCCGGCCGCCCAGUCGGGGCGCCGCGCUGCUAUUCUCUGUGAUGAUUGUGUUUUAUAUGUGUUUGGUGGGCCGCUCGCCGGUCCGGGUACCACUGCCCGGGGGCCGGGUCGGGUCGGGACGGCAGGAUGCCGCAGGAGCAGCCGUCCUGCCCCUCCGUCCUCCCCGCCCGCGCCGGGCCCGGAGGCCGCGCCGGCACGACCGGCCGCGUUGUUGACAGACUGUUUUUGAGGCCAUGUUUGAUGAACUGAGAAGAUAGCCGCGCUGAGGGGCGCCCGGCUGCUGUUUUGGCGAGCUUUACGUGGCGCGCGCGCGGCGUCCAAUGUGUGUUCUCUCUAUUCGUGCUGAGUGUAGUCGCGCGGUGCGUACGAUGGCGGCCGUGUGUGAUACGAACUGACGACGGGUCGGGGCCGCCGACGGCGCGCACCUACGGCCGUAGGUGACUGAGAGCGCCGCGGCGGCCCGUGACGGACCGCCGUGACAUUGUGUGUGACGGGUGCCGAGUGAGGCGACGUGACAGGACCCUGUGGUGCCGACCGUGCGCCGUGUAGCCGGCGACAGGAGCUACGUCUUUCAUGUAAUGCGGCGGAAGUGGUGAGGACCCUGCCAGCCGAGAGCUACUGAUAAAUAAACCAGACAUGCAUGA